AUGAACAAUUCUCUGCCUUCUGUGUUUGAUCAAACUCCAAACUACCAACUCAAGGUAGGGACCAAAGGAGUGAACCAAAGCUUUGAAAUGCCGUUCAGACCUCUGGAUCCAGAAGAGUUUGACAGAAUCAGACACAGAGCGAGAACUGCCUGGAUCGGGGAACAUAGGAGGCGAUUAAAAAGUGCUACCACUUACUCAGCAGAAUACAGGGGCAAAUGUCUGGAUGAACCAACCCAUCACCGGGUCCGACCGAACUCCCCAACCAGACUGAACAGACCUCAUCCGUCAAAAAUAUUUUUAGUGACCCAUCUCCAUAGCAUCCCAGGAUACUAUAAUGCACCAAAACCUCCAACAACUUCAGUUGGAAGAGGUAAACAUGAAGAAAUGUUUUGCCAUGUGGAUGGAUGGUAUAAAUCUGAUGCCCGUCCUUGGACAACAAUGAAUAGAACGAUUGGAACAACCAAAGCGGCAUUGCAGAGCUUGUUUGGUGACUCAACCACAGCUCAAGCAGCCGAGGCCUGGAUGAAACUUGCCAGCGAAAAGGAUCGACGGGCUGUGAAAGGGAUGAUAGAGGGCGCAAUGGCGACACCUCGCAGUCUGAUGGGGAAAGAGACACCAAGAGAAAGCUACAUCAGUCAAGCACUUUCCAGAAGUGUGAAACCUGAGUAUGUGACAUCAGUGAACCACUGGCUGAUCAAAGCUGGAGAAGAAGAAAUCGUGGCAGUGGAGCGACUGCUAAAAACUCUCUCCACUGACCCUCGGAUUGUGUAUGGGCCUCGGCUCCGUAUGUCCAGCUCUGACCCAAUAUGGGAGCUAAAUCUUAAACCACGUGCCUAUGAUUAUCAAAUUCACCCAGAGUGGGUGACCCAGCCCUGGCAUACUCAGUACAGGCAAAGACAAGGAAAAACUGAACUUACAACACUGCAGAGUGCUCAGCUCAUUGAAAUCUCCAAUUAA